AUGUCGAAAGUCGUCCAGAAGAAGAAUCACUGGACUAGCAGGGUUCACGAAUGCACCGUGAAGCGGGGGCCCCAGGGCGAGCUGGGGCUGACGGUGCUGGGGGGCGCGGAGAACGGGGAGUUUCCGUAUGUCGGAGCGGUGGCGGCGGCCGAGGUGGAGGGGCUUCCUGGCGGCGGCGAGGGCCCGAGGCUAGGCGAGGGGGAGCUGCUUCUGGAGGUGCAGGGGAUCCGGGUGUCCGGCUUGCCCCGCUAUGACGUGUUGGGAGUCAUCGACAGCUGCAAGGAGGCCGUCACCUUCAAAGCCGUCAGACAAGGGGGCAGGGGGAAUAAGGACUUGAAGCACUUCCUGAAUCAAAGGUUUCAAAGGGGAGCAACUGACCAUGAAUUGGUCUCUGUUUUGAGAGUAAAUCUACGGAGACAUCUGUUACCUUGCACAACCCGAUCUCCGAGAGAGGGAGAAGUGCCUGGCGUGGACUAUAACUUUCUGACCGUGAAGGAGUUCUUGGACCUGGAACAGAGGGGAACUCUUCUGGAAGUCGGCACCUAUGAAGGAAACUAUUAUGGGACACCCAAACCUCCUAGCCAGCCAGUCAGUGGGAAAGUGACUACAACGGAUGCCUUGCAAAGCCUGCAGUCUGGCUCCAAGCAGACGGCCCCAAAGCGAACCAAGUCUUACAAUGACAUGCACAAUGCUGGCAUAGUCCAUGUGGAGAAUGAGGAGGAGGAUGACGCUCCUGAAAUGAACAGUAGCUUUACAGCCGAUUCUGGUGACCAAGACGAGCACACGCUCCAAGAGACAGCGCUACUGCCUGAGAAUAGUGGUAUCGCUGCUGCUCCCAUCACGGACCCUUCUCAGAAGUUCCCUCAAUACCUACCUCUUUCUGCAGAGGAUAAUUUAGGUCCUCUACCUGCAAACUGGGAGAUGGCCUAUACUGAAAAUGGAGAAGUCUAUUUCAUAGACCAUAACACUAAAACAACGUCUUGGCUAGAUCCUCGGUGCCUGAACAAGCAGCAGAAGCCUCUGGAAGAGUGUGAAGAUGAUGAAGGGGUACACACGGAGGAGCUGGACAGCGAGCUAGAGCUGCCUGCUGGAUGGGAGAAGAUUGAAGAUCCUGUCUAUGGUAUCUACUAUGUAGAAUCAUCUUUCUCAAAGAUAUACAGAGGGGUUUCUGCCUAUUUGGGGCCCAUUUCUGAGUUCUCCCUCAACUCCUUUGUGCGUCAGGAGGGAAGAGCAACAAGGAGGGAUGCUGUGAGGGGUGAAGAGCCGUGGUCUAAGGGGAAAUGGACAGAAGACCACUCAUCCCUUGUGCCUCCUGUUAUUCCAAGCCACCCCGCAAGCAAUCUGGAGUCAGCCAGAGAAGCUCCACUUCAGGGGGACGUCAUUGUCAGUGUGAAUGACGCCUGUGUUUUGGGACACACGCACGCUCAAGUCGUGAAAAUCUUCCAGUCCAUUCCCAUUGGUGCCAGUGUGGACCUGGAACUCUGCCGAGGUUACCCAUUGCCUUUUGACCCAGAUGACCCCAAUACCAGUUUGGUGACCUCAGUGGCCAUUUUGGAUAAAGAACCAAUUAUUGUGAAUGGGCAAGAGACCUAUGAUUCGCCAGCCAGCCACAGUAGUAAAACAGGCAAAGUCAACAGCAUGAAGGAUGCCAGGCCCAGCAGCCCCGCCGAUGUGGCUUCAAGUGGUUCCCAUGGUUACCCCAACGACACUGUCUCUUUGGCUUCCUCCAUAGCCACUCAGCCGGAACUCAUAACUGUUCAUAUAGUCAAAGGACCAAUGGGCUUUGGUUUUACAAUCGCAGACAGUCCUGGUGGUGGUGGCCAAAGAGUGAAACAGAUUGUUGACAGUCCAAGGUGCCGAGGCCUGAAAGAAGGGGAUCUAAUAGUGGAAGUUAAUAAGAAGAACGUACAAGCUCUAACUCACAACCAAGUAGUGGAUAUGCUGAUCGAAUGUCCAAAGGGAAGUGAGGUCACACUGUUGGUGCAAAGAGGAGGACUGCCUGUUGCAAAGAAGAGCCCAAAGUCGCAACCACUGGAAAGAAAAGACAGCCAGAAUAGUUCUCAGCACAGUGUUUGCAGCCACCGAAGCCUGCACACGGCAUCCCCAAGCCACGGCCAACAGGGGCUUCCCGAGUACCCACCUGCAGAGGCCCCAGCUCCAGAUCAGACUGACAGCUCUGGGCAGAAAAAACCAGAUCCAUUUAAAAUCUGGGCCCAGUCCAGGAGCAUGUAUGAAAACCGACUUCCAGAUUACCAAGAACAGGACAUCUUCCUAUGGAGAAAAGAGACUGGAUUUGGAUUUAGGAUUCUGGGUGGAAAUGAACCAGGGGAACCUAUUUAUAUUGGUCACAUUGUACCACUGGGUGCUGCUGACACAGACGGCCGCCUGAGGUCUGGAGAUGAAUUAAUCUGUGUCGAUGGAACACCAGUAAUUGGAAAAUCACACCAGCUUGUGGUCCAGCUUAUGCAACAAGCUGCCAAGCAAGGCCACGUCAAUCUCACAGUGCGGCGUAAAGUGGUGUUUGCGGUCCCCAAAGCAGAGAACGAGGUGCCCUCUCCAGCCUCAUCUCAUCACAGCAGCAACCAGCCGGCCUCCCUGACUGAGGAGAAGCACACCCCACAGGGAAGUCAGAAUUCCCUCAACACCGUGAGCUCCGGCAGCGGCAGCACCAGCGGCAUCGGCAGCGGAGGGGGCGGCGGCAGCGGCCUGGUGAGCACGGUGGUGCAGCCCUACGACGUGGACAUUCGCCGCGGGGAGAACGAGGGCUUCGGCUUCGUCAUCGUGUCUUCCGUGAGCAGGCCUGAAGCGGGCACCACUUUCGGCAAUGCAUGUGUGGCUAUGCCUCACAAAAUAGGUCGGAUUAUUGAGGGGAGCCCUGCUGACCGCUGUGGCAAGCUGAAAGUAGGAGACCGGAUCUUGGCAGUGAAUGGAUGUUCCAUCACCAACAAAUCCCAUUCAGACAUUGUCAACUUAAUCAAGGAAGCAGGAAACACAGUUACCCUCCGCAUCAUUCCUGGGGAUGAGUCCUCGAACGCUACCUUGCUGACCAAUGCGGAGAAGAUUGCCACCAUCACCACCACACACACGCCUUCUCAGCAAGGAGCCCAGGACGCAAGGAACACCACCAAACCAAAGCAGGAAUGUCAGUUUGAGUUCAAAGCGCCCCAGGCGACACAGGAGCAAGAUUUUUACACGGUGGAGCUGGAAAGAGGGGCCAAGGGAUUUGGCUUCAGCCUUCGAGGGGGCCGAGAGUAUAACAUGGACCUCUAUGUCCUGCGCUUAGCAGAGGACGGUCCUGCAGAAAGGUGUGGGAAGAUGAGGAUUGGUGAUGAAAUUCUGGAGAUCAACGGCGAGACCACCAAGAACAUGAAGCAUUCUCGGGCUAUAGAACUGAUUAAGAGUGGUGGCCGCAGAGUGCGUCUGCUUCUGAAGAGGGGAGAUGGCUCGGUGCCAGAAUAUGACCCCAGCAGCGACCGGCACGGCACCCCCACCAGUCCACAAGGUGUUCCGGAAAUGAGAGCAGGGCCAUCUGACCGCCAGCAGCAUCCAUCGUUGGAGUCCAGUUAUCCACCCGACCUUCACAAAUCAUCACAACAUGGGGAAAAGAGGGCACACGUCAAAGACCCAAAAGGCAGCAGGGAACGUAGCAGACAGCCCAGUGAACACCACACGUGGAAUGGAACUUCUAAAAAACCCGACCCUGAGGCAUGCCGACCCAAGGACCGGGCAUCAGAGGGACGAAGAGAGACACCACCUGAGCGGGUGGUGGCCAACGGACCCAAGCGGAGGUCUCCAGAGAAGCGGAGGGAAGGCCCCCGGAGCGCUGACAAUACUUUGGAAAGGAGGGAGAAGCAUGAGAAGAGAAGAGAGGGUUCUCCUGAGAGGAGGCGGGAGCGGUCACCCACCCGCAGGAGAGACAGCUCGCCCAGCCGUCGGAGGAGGUCUCUGGAAAGACUCUUGGAUCAGAGAAGGUCUCCAGAGCGCAGGAGAGCAGGCUCUCCUGAAAGGAGAGCGAAAUCCACCGAGCGGAGGCGAGCGCAGUCUCCCGAGAGGAGGAGAGAGCGGUCACUUGAGAAGAGGAACAGAGAGGACAGAGUCAGCCGCCGAGAGAGGGAAGAGGCGAGUCUGAGACAGGAUGCCGGCGGAAGUUCCAGACAUCCCCCGGAGCAGAGACGGCGACCUUACAAAGAAUGUAGCACCGACCUCAGUAUCUGA